AUGGAGACAAGCUGUUUCACUGAAGAGCAGCUGAGCGUGCGCGAGGCUAUUCAAAAGAUUUGUGCUCAAUUUUCGAAUGAAUACUGGCAACAGCAUGACCAAACUGAAACCGAUCCCAAGGAGUUGCAUGCUGCUUUGGCAGCUGACGGAUGGCUUGGUAUUGCUCUUCCAGAAGAAUUUGGAGGUGCGGGACUGGGUAUCUCGGAAGCGACCAUGAUGCUACAGACAAUAUCUCAAUCCGGGGCAGGCAUGGCAGGUGCUCAGUCUAUUCACGGUAACGUCUAUGCUACACAACCGCUUGCCAGAUUUGGAAACAAAGAACAACUGCAAUCUACGAUACCGAACAUUGUCAGCGGUAAAUGGAGAGUAUGCUUUGGUGUGACUGAGCCGAACACUGGGCUGGACACAUUAAGGCUAAAGACAACCGCCACACGAAAGGGAGACAAAUACAUCAUCAAUGGACAAAAGAUAUGGAUCACCUGUGCACAGGUCGCUUCGAAGAUGAUCCUCCUUGCUCGAACAACACCUUUGGAAGAGGUGAAGAAGCCGAGCGAAGGCCUGUCUAUGUUUUGUAUCGAUAUCGACAGAUCGAACCCUGCGCUGGAGCUCAAAAAAAUUAAGAAGAUGGGUGGAAGGGCUGUCGAUGCCAACGAAGUCUUCUUCGAUCAUUAUGAGGUGCCAGAGAACACUCUCGUGGGAGAAGAGGGGCAAGGCUUCAAGAUCAUCUUGCAUGGAAUGAACGCUGAAAGAUGUCUCUUGGCGGGAGAAGCGCUCGGACUUGGCUAUGCAGCCAUUGAGAAAGCCGCACAGUAUGCUAGAGAGAGAGUCGUCUUUGGCAGACCCAUUGGGAAGAACCAAGCCAUUGCACAUCCCCUGGCUGACGCAUACAUGAAUCUGGAAGCCGCCAAGUUAGCCGCCUAUCAUGCAGCUCGGUUGUACGAUCAAAGCAAAACGGAUACCAGCAUCAGUCCUCAUGCGGUCGGUGUCGCAUGCAACAGUGCGAAAUAUCUGGCGGCAGAGGCAGCUUUCAAAGCCUGUGAGAGAGCGGUCAUGACCCACGGCGGUAUGGGAUAUGCUAUGGAAUAUGAUGUGGAGAGAUAUAUGAGGGAGAUCUUUGUCCCCAGGAUCGCCCCAAUCAGCCGAGAGAUGAUUCUGAACUUCGUGAGCGAAAAGGUACUGGAGCUGCCUAGGAGUUAUUGA